AUGAUAAGCAAAAAGAACCAUCGCGCGGGCGGAGGGGGGGAGCGUGCGGGGGAACUUUCGUCUUUCCUUCGUGAGAUUUUAUUCGUGUGGAGCGGACACGUUUCGUGCCUCAAGGCCUAAAUAAUGCGUUACGUUGCUGCUUACUGUCUUGCUGCCCUUGGAGGCAAAACUGCCUCAGCCAAGGAUAUUGAGAAGAUCCUCGACUCAGUAGGUGUUGAUUGUGAUGCUGAUGAGGCCAAGAAAGUUGUAUCUGAACUUGAAGGGAAGGACCUCAAGAAUGUAAUUGCCGAAGGUAUGGAGAAACUUGGAUCCAUGCCUGCUGGUGGUGGUGGUGGCGCCCCUGCUGCAGGUGGUGCUGCUCCUGCUGCAGCAGCAGCUGAAGAGAAGAAGCCAGAGAAGGUUGAAGAGCCAGAGGAAGAGUCGGAUGAUGACAUGGGCUUCGGUCUCUUUGAUUAAUAAAAUACCUUCUUGA